AAUGUUCAUAACCUCGAUUAAUAAAAAUUCCAAAUUAUUCUCUUUCAACUUAUUAUUCUCCUUUUCCCUGUUUUUGCUUCUUCGGAAUGUCCUCUCAGAAUCUCUAGAAGCAGACGACCAAGGAGGUGAUCCUUACUUUGGUGUUCCGUUGGGAGCUCUUCAUUACUCGGCCGAAGGGACUUCGGCAGAGAUUUAUGCUGCUGAUGAAUUUACAAUUCUUUUUAAUCAUUUUCAACACAAUCCGAGACAAAUUGGGUGAGAAUUGUAAAUAAAAUUUUAAAUAAAAGCCUUGGAAAAUGAGGGGAUUUAUUUAAAUAAAUUAGAUUUAAUUGAGGUCUACGCUGAGGGUGAGGAAUAGAGGGUGAGGAAUAGAUGAAUAGUGAGGAAUAGAGUU